AUGAAUCAAGUCAAUGUUUAUUUGUUACCAAUAUUUUUUAUUGCACUUACUUCAUUUAUUAUUGGAUCUUUACUCUAUGAUCAUUUUCAACGUGGAUAUUUGUUUACUAGUCGUUCAUCAAACGAAACUAUUUUUAUUGAGCAAGCUUUGAAAAGAAUUCAAAGAUGUAAUGAAGGAGAUCAUUCACGACAACGAGCUCUUCUCAAUACUUUUCAAACUUGGAAUCAUCUUGCUCAAUCACAUUAUCUUCGAUAUUGGAUAGCUUAUAAAACACUUUCUGGUUAUAUUCAACAUAAUGAUUUACCACCGUAUGAUGAUGACAUAGACAUAUUUAUAAUGUAUCAAGACAUACCACAACUCAUUAAUCUAAGCAAUGGAAAUUAUUCAUCAAUUUAUGAACUCGAAAUUCAUCCACAAUGGUUUAUAACCAAACCUUUUAAUCGAUCUUAUUCUCCAUCUGAAAUAAUUGAUUUUGCUGUAAAAAAUUCAAGAUUUAUCAAUCACGAAAAUAAUGUAGCGAUAAACAUUUGGCCUAUCUAUAAAUAUUAUAAUAAACAUAUAUUAUUAUAUGUUGAAUAUUUUAAUUUUGAUAAUUUGAUUAUAUCUCCAAUAGAAUGGACGUUUCCAUUAGAACCAUGUGUUUUCAGUGGUAUUAGAGUAUGGUGUCCAGCACAACCCAAAAAACUAACUACUUCCAUAUAUAAACAAGCAUCACUGUAUAUAUCUUGUAUCAAUGGUUCAUGGAUUAGAUCAAAUCAAUAG